CCGAAAUAGCCCUCAAGUUCCACUUAAUCCCCCUUCUCUCUCCUCACUCCGGCACGUCGCUGCGGCUCGCCGCCUCCGAUCAGCCUCGCCGUCGCCGCUGAUUGAGGUCACCGCCGGCCACCAUGCCAGGUUCAGCCCAAACCCAAACACCCCCUCCAAAACCCAAACCCAACCGUCACGGCCGCCGCCUCCUCCUCCUCCUGGCGCCGCCUCUCCUCGCCGUCGCCGUCGCCCUCCUCCUGGGCGUCUCCACUAACCCGCUGCCCCGCCGCUUCUUCCGCCGCCUCCUCAGUGCUAAGCCCUCCCUUAUCCGCCCGACACCGCCUCGUAAAGCGGCGGACACCUCCAUCGUCGUGGGACACCCACCAUGUGUUCUAUGGAUGGCCCCCUUCGCCUCCGGCGGCGGGUACUGCUCGGAGGCCUGGUCCUACGUCGCCGCGCUCGACGGGCACGCCGCCAGCGGAAAUAACUUCACGCUCGCCAUCGCGCACCACGGCGACCUCGAGUCGCCCGAGUUCUGGCUCGGCCUCCCCGAGCAGUCCAAGAACCUGGCGUUCCAGCUCGCCACCGCGCGGUGCGAUCUGACCAGGGCCGUGGUUGUCUGCCACAGCGAGCCCGGCGCGUGGUACCCGCCGAUGUACGAGGCCCUGCCUUGCCCGCCCACCGGGUAUAACGAUCCGGCGUUCGUCAUUGGCCGGACGAUGUUCGAGACUGACCGUGUCUCGCCUGAGCACGUCAGGCGGUGCAACCAGAUGGACGCUGUCUGGGUGCCUACUGAUUUCCAUGUGUCGACGUUCGUGAAGAGCGGCGUGGAUCGCGCCAAGAUUGUCAAGGUGGUGCAGGCUGUGGAUGUUUCUUUCUUUGAUCCGGCCAAGCACACUGAGCUUCCUCUGCCGAUUGGCGUGUCUGUCAUGGUGCCUGAAGGUUCAAGAUUGGAACAUGGUGACUCCAAAGGCAAAGGCUCUGUUUUCCUUAGUGUGUUUAAAUGGGAGCAGAGGAAGGGCUGGGAUGUGCUGCUGAGAGCAUUCUUGCAGGAGUUCUCUGGAGCUGAUGAUGUCGUGCUCUACCUCCUUAUCAAUGCCUACCACUCCGACACAAACUUCAGUGCGAAAAUCCGCAGGUUUGUGGAAGAAUCCAGCAUUGAGGAGCCAGUUGAAGGAUGGGCUGAAAUUCGGAUCAUCGAUGAGCAUGUUCCGCAGUCUGCUCUUCCAAGGUUGUACAAGGCUGCAGAUGCAUUUGUUCUGCCAACCCGUGGCGAGGGGUGGGGCAGACCGGUGGUUGAAGCCAUGGCUAUGGAACUGCCGGUGAUUGUGACAAAUUGGUCAGGCCCAACGGAGUACCUGACUGAGGACAAUGGGUACCCAUUGGAUGUGGACAGGCUGACUGAGGUCACAGAAGGGCCAUUCAAGGGCCACCUAUGCGCCGAGCCAUCAGUUGAUCGCCUGAGGGCUUUGAUGAGACAUGUCAUUGGUGAUAGAGAGGAGGCGAGAAGUAAAGGGAGGAAGGCAAGGGAGGACAUGAUCCAGAGGUUCUCGCCAGAUGUUGUUGUGAGGAUUGUUGCUGAUCAGAUACAACAGGCACUUGUAUUUACUCAGCAGACAGAUAACUGAACUGUGGUCACAAAGUGCAGCUAGAACGUUGAUACACCACGGAAUGUUAUGUACGUAUUGUACUGUUCUUACUCAUUGAUAUUUCUUAGGAUUCAUGCAUAUCUUUUAGUUUGCAUUUUGUGAGAUAAUUGAUGCCUUUCGUUGUUGCGACAUCUUAUCUUGAACUUUUAAUUGACUUGCUGUUUUCAGUUAGAGUAACAAAAAUAUUGUACGUGACCGUUUAGGCCAAGACCUGGCCUAAUUAUUUCAGCUUACUCGGCAUUUUACCUCCCAAUUCCUAACUGAAUCCCUGGGCCCAUAAAAGCAACAUUUAUAUUUCUAAUUCGUAAUUGGAGUACUGAUCUCAUCACAAAGAUAUAAUAGGGAGGGAGGGAGAAGAAGUAAUGUUGAUCUGGCUAAUGGAGUCAUCUGUUGUCAUUGGUGCUGGGUUAAUGUAGGAUCAGAUUGAGAAUACAAGUUUGAAUGCUCAGCUGAAUCCGAUUUGUACAAACUGCAAAAAUAUGUAUUCCAACUGUUAUAUCCAGUUUGGCUGUUGGGUUGAAACAAAACCUAAAAUAAUAUUGAGUUCUGACAUGUUCUGGUUGGUU